ACGGAGCGCAUCGCAGGGCACCCACACGCGAAUUGAGUGCCGGCCACACCGAAGCGUGCUCCCCUGCGAAACGAAAACGUUAAAACUCGCGAUUUUGCCGGCUGAGAUUGAUACACUGCAAAAAACGACGGGAUUUGUAGUGAAUUACAAGAACGGAAUACCCGAGAGUAUACAUAUAUAGAAAAGGAAACCGGGGCGUAAAGAAAAGUGUCCAAAGGCUUUGUGAAAAGUGUCCUGCUGCUGGCAACUGUCGCCCGAAACUAUGCAGCAGUGAAAAAGGCCCACUUCCGCCAGGAAAAACGUGGAAAUAUUCAGUGGCAUUCAACUGGAGACUGAGACUCCCCAUUCGGAUCAAGAUGCGUGUGCUACAAUGGGUAAUGUUUGCAUUGGGCAUGAUUUGCAUGCUGCUGGAUCCAGCGCUCGGAUCUUUUGAGCUGGUGGGACAGUCCAUUAAAGAUGCCCUGGCCGAAUACACGUUGACCGACAUCAUGAACAACAACCAAUUUGCGGGCAUCGAGUUUGGCGAGGCGGAGGACGGCUUCCCCGCCUUCCGCUUCCUGCAGACGGCGGACGUGAAGUCGCCGUAUCGGAUGCUCCUACCGGAGAAGCUCUACGAGUUCGCCAUCCUCAUCACUUUCCGGCAGAGCUCGCUGAAGGGCGGCUACCUGUUCAGCGUGGUGAAUCCGCUGGACACGGUCGUCCAGCUGGGCGUUCACCUCUCGCCCGUCGUGAAGAACAGCUACAACGUAUCGCUGGUCUACACGCAGGCGGACCAGAACAUCGGCCGCAAGUUGGCCAGCUUCGGUGUGGCUCAUGUGCCGGACAAGUGGAACUCGAUUGCCCUCCAGGUGCUCAGCGAUAAAGUGUCCUUCUACUACGACUGCGAGCUGCGCAACACCACUCUGGUCACCAGGGAGCCCAUCGAAUUGGUCUUCGAUUCGGCAUCCACUCUGUAUAUUGGCCAGGCGGGCUCCAUUAUUGGCGGUAAAUUCGAGGGCUAUUUAGAAAAAAUCAAUGUCUAUGGUAAUCCCGAUGCCAUAAAUGUCACAUGCAUGCCGCCCCCAAAGGCAACGAUUGCUCCCACCACGGCGGAUGAGAGUUCUUUGAUUUACGAAGGAUCUGGAGAGAGUGUUAUCUUCGAAGAUUCGACGGAAACGAAUAUUUUAAGUGAUGAGUUUUGGGAUACAGGCGAAGAGGCGACAGACAUCUUCGACGCCAGUGGCAUGCAGCCCCCAGGACAGACGCAGUAUUCGCACGAGAGACCGUACCGCGGCAUCAAGGGCGAGAAGGGAGAGCGGGGGCCCAAGGGCGACAGCAUUCGCGGUCCGCCGGGACCGCCGGGUCCGCCCGGGCCCAAAGGCGAAACGGCCCCCUAUCCGCCCUUUGUGGAGACGACGAGUGCGGGGGCUAAAUACACUGGCGAGUGUACAUGUAAUGCGUCUGAUAUCCUAGAGGCCAUCAAGGACAAUGAGUCGUUGCGGGAAUCGUUGCGAGGAGCGCCGGGUACAGCGGGCAAGGAUGGAAAGCCAGGGACCCCUGGACACACCGGAGCCACCGGAGUGCCAGGAGCCAGAGGCGCCCGGGGGUCCGAGGGUGCCCAGGGGCUGAAGGGCGAGCCAGGCGUCGACGGACUGCCCGGAGUCAUGGGUCCGCCGGGACCACCGGGUCCGCCUGGUUUGCCCGAGAAUUACGAUGAAUCCCUAAUGGUCAACUCGAUGGGCGCAUUCCGGGGCACGACGCAGCCAGGAGCCAAAGGUGUGCCCGGCGAGAAAGGUGAUGCCGGCCAGAAAGGAGAGCGUGGCGAUCCGGGUCACAAAGGUGCACACGGGCCCAGCGGCGCAAAGGGUGAGCCCGGCGAACCGGGAACACCCGGACUGCCGGGAUUGCCGGGACAGGCUGGACAGCCCGGCGGACUUGAGGGACUCGCCAGCGCCAAUGGGACCAAGGGCGAGCGGGGCGAGAAGGGCGAGAAGGGCAUGCGGGGUCGGCGUGGAGGAACGGGCACCACUGGACCAAUUGGACCGCCCGGAAAACCCGGACCCAUGGGCGAUAUUGGACACUCGGGCCGUCCUGGCAUGACAGGACCAAAGGGUGAGAUGGGUCCCAAAGGACCGAAGGGCGAUUCCGGCGGACGCGAGGGGACAAAGGGCGAUAAGGGAGACCGAGGUCAGGAUGGUCGCGAUGGCUUGCCAGGACCUCCAGGAUUACCCUCAACUGGUGGAGGCGAUGGCGACAGCGGCGGCGUGCAGUACAUCCCAAUGCCAGGACCUCCAGGACCUCCGGGACCACCGGGACUGCCGGGUCUUUCCAUCUCUGGCCCCAAAGGAGAACCCGGAAUGGAUUCGCGUAGCUCCUUCUUCGGCGAUGCAUCCUACUACGGACGACCAGAGACACCACGCCAGCCAGGACAUUCCCACAAGCAUGAGGAGACCCUGGGGCUCGUCGAUGGCGAGGAGCCAUACUUCUCCGCAUCCUCAUCGAACAUGAACAUGAAGAUUGUGCCUGGCGCAGUCACCUUCCAGAACAUCGAUGAAAUGACAAAAAAAUCGGCCCUGAAUCCGCCGGGCACAUUGGCCUACAUCACCGAGGAGGAGGCGCUACUGGUUCGCGUGAACAAGGGAUGGCAGUAUAUUGCGCUGGGAACUCUGGUGCCGAUUGCCACGCCCGCUCCGCCCACAACGGUGGCACCCUCGAUGCGAUUCGAUCUGCAGUCGAAGAACCUGCUCAACAGUCCACCGCCCCUGCUCAAUACGCCAACGUUUACAACCGCGCCCGAAUACGAAACGUGGUAUCCGCGAAUGCUACGCGUGGCCGCACUGAAUGAGCCCUCCACCGGCGAUUUGCAGGGGAUUCGGGGGGCGGACUUCGCCUGCUAUCGGCAAGGACGACGGGCAGGACUCCUGGGCACCUUCAAGGCAUUCCUCUCUUCCAGGGUACAGAAUCUGGACAGCAUUGUGCGUACGGGUGACCGGGAUCUGCCCGUGGUGAACACUCGUGGCGAUGUGCUCUUCAACUCGUGGAAGGGCAUCUUCAAUGGCCAAGGUGGCUUCUUCUCGCAGGCGCCGAGAAUCUACAGCUUCAGCGGCAAGAACGUGAUGACGGACUCUUCAUGGCCCAUGAAGAUGGUGUGGCACGGCUCGCUGCCCAAUGGCGAGCGCUCCAUGGACACCUACUGCGAUGCCUGGCACUCGGGUGACCACCUGAAGUCCGGCUAUGCCAGCAAUCUCGAUGGCCACAAGCUGCUCGAACAGAAGCGCCAGUCCUGCGACAGCAAGCUGAUCAUCCUGUGCGUGGAGGCACUCUCGCAGGAUCGCAAGCGCAAGAAGCGGGAAAUCGGCGACGGCAGCAGUCACGGCGAAAGUGAAGGCAGGGAGUUCAAGACGGCCGAUGAGUAUGCAGCGCAUUUAGAAAAUUUACUGCUGUAAGCGGAACCGGAAGGAAGAACAAGAGCGGCGUCACACCAAACCAUUCUCAUGCAUAAAACAAAACAAAUCACAGCACACACACACUCGCACACACAUACACACCUACGUGCAUACAUUGAAUGUAAACGUGAAUCAUGGCCAUGCAUAUAAUCAGCGAAUUCCAAACAAAAACCAAAAAGAGAAAUACUCAGACGGCAGAUGGAUGUUGCAUAUAAAUACAUACUUACAUAUAUUACCCGUACGCAUACACACUACUCGUAGGUAAUAUGUCUAAUAUAUUGCUACACGUCGUAUAUGAUAAACACAAAUAGAUAUAUAUAUAUAUAUAUCGUGGAUAUAUAUAUUUGAGUUGUACUUUAUGUUUAGGACACGGCACGAGCAAGCAGCAAUUUUUUGUACAAGCAGGAAACGUAUUCGUAGUUUGUAAACUGUAAUUUGUAACUUACCGAUAGCCGUAACCGAACUAAUAUCUAAUUUUGUAAUUACAUAAGCUCACCCACAAUGAAAUAGAAAAAUAAAAGAAAAGAAAAACAGCAGCGGAACACCCAGUCGCCUCCGCCUACGCAAUACUGGCCAAAUUAGUAUCCUACUUAGAUCGUAUGGCAAUGCACCCGAGAAUCGAGAAUAGAGAAUCGAAAAUCGAGAAUCCAAAAGCGAGCAACUCUUCACAGGACCCUGUAUAUGCGUGUAUAAAUGUGUAUUUUUGUCAAAAGACUUCUAGGUGUGUGUACAUUAUAAGUAAGCCCUGCGUGGUUACGAUACGAAACAACCGUUUUUAACUAUCGCAUGCAGCUCUUUCUGCCCAGUCUAUAUACGGUAUAUAUAUCUGAAGGUUAUAUAGGAUAUAUGUUUUACGACCGAUUUCUACAGUACUCCUAUCGUAGGCCAGAGAUUUUCUACAGCGUAGCUCGCGAUUACCCACAAUACUCGUUACCGACGAAUAUUCCACAUUCGGAUCGCAGUUUUUAUAUGCAUCAGAUGAGUAACGAUAAUGAAAUUAUAGCAUAAUCAACACACAUACACAUACAUAAGUACAUACACACAUCCGUCGUGGAUGGUAAAUUCGUAAUUUAUUGUCAUUCGAUAACGAACACUUAACUAAAUUCUAAUUAUAGUUACCGAUAGUUAGUUACAUAAUAAUUUCUUUUUGCAUUUAACCAAUGCA